UUGUCUUUCUCUUCACUUUGUUUCAUGAACUAUUCAAACUGCUGUCCACUCGUACAUCCUCUCUCCUUUCCAUUUAUUUUACAGAUGUCGUUGGGGAGUUAACCUGAUCCAACUCUGAAGAACUCAAAGGAGAGAGGGGAGCCUUCUGUACUUGAGAAGUUAUUCCAUCCCUGAUAUGCACAGGAAAUGAAGACAUCACCUGCCAUGCUUGGAACUGGAAAAUUGUACUGGGUCCUCUUCCUAAUAUCACAUCUGGACAUCUGGAGUGUCGAAGGGGAGCAAUCAUGUGAACAACUUUAUGUUAGGAGACAGUCCAUGAACGUCUCAGCAGGGGAUACACUUCAACUGGAAUGCCCUGUGGGACUCUGUGUUAACAAAUCUAAUGUGGCCUGGUGCAAGUUCAAAGAUCAAAGGUGUUUAUAUCUUGGGGAUAGACAUCGGGGACACAUGAAUUGGGAAUAUAUGAAGAACGUUUCAGUUUUUAUUCUGCAUUUUGAUCAAGUGCUGGCUAGUGACAAUGGAUCAUACCGUUGUUCUUUGAAUACUUCAUCUGGACUCCGUGAAAGCCAUUUAAUAACCGUUUAUGUGACAGAACGCACUCAGAAUUAUUCAGAACGUCCUCUAAUAACAUUGAUUAACAUUUCAGAUACAACCAGUGCCCCAGGACCAGCCCCCAUAGAAGAUAUGGGGGACAGACGAUGGAUCCUUUAUAGUUUGCCUCCUUUGGUAGGAUUGCCUCUACUCAUUACCUGUUGCUGCCUAUUCUGCUAUCUGAGAAGGUACCAAGGGGAACAAAAGAAGCCUUCUGAUACAGAAGAAAGGGAAAUUAAUCUGGUUGAUGUUCCUCAGCCCUUUCAGAGUCAGCAAAUUGAAGUGGGCACCAGGCAAAAUUCCCAAACACUAUCAUUAGAAAGUAAAAUUUAUGAUAAUGACCCCUGGUUCGGGGUCCAGGAAGAGUGUGGGGUUUAUUCUAGCCCCUGUCAUGAGGAAAACAAACAGGGCAUUGUUUAUGCUUCGCUGAACCACUCCGUCAUUGGAAUGAACCCAAGACAGGCAAGAAAUGAGGAAGAAGCCCCUACAGAAUAUGCUGCCAUAUGUGUGAGGAGUUAAAUCGACCUGCUCUCUCACCAGUGAUCAUUGGAUGAUCAGCAUAUCAGCACCAUUAUCUGAAAUGAACAGAAUGUCAAAUAGUAUCUCUUGACCUGAGAAGUUUCACUUUAAGGAGGUUCAUGUUGGUGCUUGGGUCUUAAGGGUCCAUAAAACAAAUAACUAAGGUAUCUCCCAGAAACUUCUUUGGGAGACUUUUAUAUUAUAGCCAUGAACAACAAAACCUUCUCUCCAAAACUGAGUGCUAUCACCAAUAGCAGAGUAGUAGACUAUUUAAACUUAGCUACAUUUUAUCCAACAUACAAACUCAGUAUUUUCUUUGGGGCCACCAGAAACACAUGUAGGAAAGAGCGGUGUGUGUUUCCGGAUCAGUUCACUACACACACUUGAUAAAGAAUGUCCCCUUUCGACUAAGUAACCAUAAAUACAGUAAUGAUAGCAUGUUUCUUUCCAGUCAAUCUUUGAUAAUAAGAAAUUUUCCUCUGUCAAUCUAAUAUGGGGGUUUCUUAAAUGUAAAGGAGAGAUAAUUUUAGAAUUGAUGAUAUAAGACAAGAAUGGAAAGAAUAAAUCGUGCAAUAAAGACGUGGAAUAUGCUAACUGGGUGUGGGUAGAUGUUCCUCAUGCCUGACAAACAAAUGCUUGUAUCUGCCCUGUUAGACUGCUAAGCAAAUAUAUAUAGUAAUGGAGCAAUUAAUGUACAGUACAUUUAUGAACAAAGUUGUGGCUCAGUGUUUGGGCUACAUAGACUAAUGUAUAUGAAUUCAUAUAAUGCUGCUGAAUUAAUAUACGAGAGGGUGUCUGAGAAAACGUAAAAAUCAGUGAGAGUAGUUAUCAUCAGGUAAAUGCUGAUUGAUGGCUUAAAUUGCUUUAUGGUUGAGCCGAUAGGAAAACAAAAGCACCAUUAAUGGAAAGGAGAAAAGUCCAGACUAUUUUGUUGGCCAAUAUGGGUCAACGUACUUCCAUUCACCACAUCUGUAUCUUGCUGUUGUUCUUACUAAAGAAUCAGGGCAAAUCGUACGUAAUGAACGAACACACUUUGAUAACCAUUUGUUUUACAAUACUGAGGUUGCAGCCACUUAAAAGUAUAGCAAUAAUAUAUGCAUUCCAUUUUCUGAAUUUCCAAAGUACUUGAGUCUAAUUAUUUUAAAAAAUAGCCUACAGCUUUAUUCAACAGCUUGAGGCUAUUAGGUUUCUAAGGUGCUGCAACUAACUAAUGCAAUAAACCUCAUACAAUGUGGAUAGCAAAGGUUAGGAUCCAUUUGAACAAAUAUAUGAGCUGCUGCACACAUGAAUGUGGUGUGUGUGUGUGUGUGUGUGUGUGUGUGUGUGUUAGUGUAUAGAAGGAAAGGGUAGGUGACUGUCAGAAACGGUGAAAGAAAACCUGACAACAUUGACAUACCAUUUCAGUUUGCUAAAAAAACUCAAAAUACUAGAGCAAAUGAGCCAUUCAAGAAAAGGUAAGAACAUAAUGUAUGAAAUUAUGGGGAUAGAAGUAUGACAGCUCAUAAAAGUUUUUCCCCAAAAAGACGAAACAAAUUUUGUGGCAGGGCCUUUCUUAUGUAACACUGGCAUUAAGAUUUUGCCUCUAAGAUUGGGGUUGUGGAUAUUGUUUUAGAGUCAUUGUUAUCUAGCCAGUAUGAUAUCAUUAUUCCUAGAAUUUUGAGCAACCAGUACUAGGUUGGCUUUUUCAGCCAAGCUGCCUUUAUGGGCAGCUCAUGUACAAAAGCUAUAUUAGAGCAGCUGCUGGUGGUAUUCUUAAAAAUAGAAACAGGAAGUAUGGGGAGGAUACAUUUAGCUGCCCUUAUCAGAUAAACACACAAAGCUGAACAGUUCCUUCAAAAUUUUCUCAAAUUAAACAAAACAUAUUUCUGUCUAUUGUUGAGAAUAUUCUUAGCAUGUCUUACAGUAAAGAUAAUGUUGAUAAUGGUUUCAUCUCUGUAAAUGAUUUAUACUUAUAUUUGUACAAUGCAGCCAAAAUCAUUUAUGUUUUUAUUCCUUCUUAAUUAAAGAUGUCAGAGUUAUAUCUGUAUUUCACAAAUAAAUCUAUUUCAAUAUUGUUACCAGGAAUCAUGUUAUACUUCGGCUCUUUGUCUUCUUGAAGGAAAGAAUUCAGUCAAGAGACAGAAUUUAUGCAGCAUAGGACAGCAAGGAGUUUAUUAAUAAAAGCAUGUACACUCCAAGACCUGGAGCGGGCUGACCCAAGAGAGGGAAGCAGCCUCUCCUUACACUGUGUGAGGGUUUUUAUCUCUGUGGAUGGAAUUGUCUCCC